UUACUAGUCAGGCGUUAUGUAACAUUGCAGAACCGAGCAUCGUAGAUAUUUUUCAUAUAGAUCACAGUCACUUCCGUGAAUUUAAUUGGAGAAUGAGAAGAAAAGCAAAAGAUGACUUCGAUGAUUAUCCAUGUAGAUCUGGAUUUACAGCUUUUAAUAAUACAUGUUAUAAACUUGUCCAUGAAGAAUUGAACUGGAACCGAGCAAUGGAAGAGUGUUCCAAAGUUUAUGGCUAUAAAUAUCACCUAGUUAUUAUAAAAAGUCAAGAGGAACAAAAUUUUGUGAAUAGACUUCUCUUGAAUAUUAGUUUCUCCUUAACAAGGAGAGUAUGGAUAGGCUUAGAAAGGCACCCGUUUAAUCUAAGCUUGUUCCAUUGGGUGGAUGGAUCAUAUUUAACAUAUCCCAUGUAUUCACAUUGGUAUAAGAAGAAGUCAACUGAUGAUCCGAAUCCAAGUGAACCCAGCUUCGAACACGAAAGAUGUUGCAACCUUUUUAUGGAGAACGACAAACUUGGAUACUGGAAUGACGAAAUAUGUGAACAAGAAUAUUACUACAUAUGCGAGGGACCAUCUGGUUCUGUUCAGUUGAUAAGCAACAUUAGUCUUGAUGUUAAUGGACAAUUAUCGGCCAUUGAAGGAGGCACUUUUCGUGUUCGGUGUGAGGCAACACCAGAGUCAGUUUCAGAUGAAGUGGUAUAUAAAUGGACAUUGAAUGACACAGAGAUAAUACCAUCACCAUCGUCCCGAUUUCAAAUAGAUUCAACAGCCAAUUUUUCAGAACUUUCAUUUAAAAAUACAAACCAAAGAGAUAGAGGUAAUUUAACGUGCAUAGCCACUGUUCUAGAUGAAACUGCAAUGUCAAGUGUAGAUAUCGUAGUUUACUCUCUAAGGCUGGUUGCCAUCCCUGAAACAGUUGUGAAAGGAAACGGAACUGAAGUUGUAUGCGAACUCAUUCCCAAUAUCACCCAUCAGUUAAAUACUAACUUCACACUUUCCGGAAUUGGUAUAGAUGCUGGAAGUCAAGUAAAAUACCAAGAUGGAGUAAAACUCAAUAUCAUUGAGCUAUUGGACAGUACCACAAUCAGAUGUGAAAUGCAGCUACAGGGACAGUCAAGCUAUUUAAAAACCAUCCAUAUUACGGUUUUUGAUGCAGAUAUAUUAUUCUGUGCUGCUGAAACAGACAUAUACACUUUUGGUACACACAAUUUGACUUGGAAAGAGACAAACGUGGGUCUUACAGCAUUCUCUUCAUGUCCUGAAGGAUUUGAUGGUGUGGUUUCACGCAAAUGUAAUCUGAAAGGCAAUUCCGGGGUGUGGGAAACAUCAAAUGUAACUAACUGUGAAAGACGAAUCUUCAGGAACCUCAUAGAUCAAUUGGAAAGUAUUAAUGAUGGAUUUCAAAAUGUGUCAAUCGAAGGGAUCCUCAGAUCAUUUUCGAAUACUACAGAUUCCUUGAACAACCAGUCUUCUUUAAUAACAGGAGAUAUAAACAGUGGAGUUAUAAUUCUGGAGAAAACAACUGGUCUUUUUUCUUCACAAAGCAGAAAUAUUUCAUUUUCAGAAACAGAGGCUUAUCUGUCAGCUACAAGUACAUUAUUGUCCAGUGAUACGGCAACAGAUUUAUGGCAAGAGGUUGGAGAUAAUAACGCUGCUAAAGUUUUGAACAUAACAUCAACUUUUACGGGUGUUGCAUUUGAAUCAUAUCAAAACAAUACACCAUUGAAAAUCUCAAGACCAUCUUUGGAUGUAGAAAUAAACAAAAACAACGAGGGAAACAUCACUUUCCACGCGUUUGAUCAACCACUUGGCAAGGACGACCGUCUUUUCUUAGCAAAGGAGAGUUUGAGAGAAAUAACAAAUACCACAGGAUACAUUGCGAUUCAUUACAGUACAAUAGCACAGUUAUUACCAAGAAAAACAAGUGUCGAUAAUCAGGAAAUUACAGUGAUAACGUCAGUUCUGUCACUUACUUUACCAAGAAUCAACCAGUAUCGUCUGAAUCCACCAUUAUAUUUAUACUUCAAAUAUGAUCAGAUUCAUGACGAAGGAGCAAGAUGUUCGUUCUGGGAUUACACUGUGGAAAAUAAUGGUUUUUGGUCGGCAAGCGGACUAAAGACACUUCAUCAGAAUAAUACCUACACAGAAUGUACAAGUACUCAUUUGACCAACUUUGCAGUUCUGUUGAGUUUAUAUGAAAUACCAGAUAACCACGACAAGGUUCUUGCAAUUAUUACCCAAAUUGGUUGUUCGAUAUCCAUUGCUGCUCUUGUCGUAUUGUUAAUAAUAUAUUUUAUUGAGUGGAGACUUCUUCCAUCUGACAAGUCAAAAAUUCUUGUCACAAUGGCUAUAGUUUUUCUCCUAGCGUAUGUGGUAUUUUUAGCUGGAAUUGAAGGAACGGAGAAUAAGAUCGCCUGCAAGGUAGUGGCCAUUGUCCUUCAUUUCCUAUUCUUAGUGGGUAUACAUAUGAUGGUUGCAGAAGGCAUUGUGCACGGAAAAAUGCUGGCCACCGUAUCAAAAGAACAACGUGCAAUAUCACCGAUUCUGAUUCCAAUUGGAUGGGGAAUACCGGUGCUUAUUGUUGCGAUAUCGAUGGCAGUUACAAAACUAGAAGGAUACGGCGAUGGAAAGUAUUGUUGGUUAUCAACAAGCAAUGGACUGAUUUGGGCGUUUUUCACUCCGUGUGCUGUAAUAGUUGUUACCAACUUUGUGAUCUUUGUAUUUGUUGUGAGGAAACUGUUCUCGUUACAAGCUGUAAAAAAGAAAACAAAACUACAGCAAUUAAUAACUGGAUUGAGAUGUUUUUCAGUUUUAGCACCCCUUUUUGGAUUUACAUGGACUUUAAGAUUCUUCUCUAUAAAUGAAGAUACUAUCGUUCUGAGUUAUCUAUUUGUUAUCAUCAAUUCAUUUCAGGGAUUGCUGAUAUUUAUUGUACAUGGAUUAUUAAACCCCAAAAUUCAAAGUUCAUGGAAACGGAAAAUAUCAGUAUUUCGAAAGAGAGAAAAGUUUACAACUACAACCAAGGGAACCGACGAAAUUGCUUUUGACGACAUUACAACUGUCUCGAAUAAAAGAGUUCAUACAAGUAUAGCAGGCCCUGAGAGUGAAUCAUGAUGGCAAACACAGACUUAAUUUCUACAAAAAGAACUUGACCGUUGUUGUUUUUUUCACAAUCAUUUUCUUGGAAAUACUAUGUAAGACAUUAUCGAAUCUUAUGAUAUUACUAUUUUUUUUAAAUAUGAAAUUUUUCAAUAUAUUAGCUUUUUUGAUGUAUUAUUGAUAGUAUAGAUUUAAAUAUUAUUUUGCCGAUGAAUGUGUGUGCUGAAUAAAUAUAUCUAAAUACAGCUUUAAUGAAAAUUGGAAAGUUUCAAUUGAGGUACCCUCUUUGAAUAGAGUUCUUUAUCAUUUUGAUUUUUUUUAAUAAUUAUUUUUGCUUGUCUACAAGUUUAUGCUCUAAUGUUAUUUUUCAUAAGAAAAAAAUCAAAAAAUAAAACAUAAACAAAUGUU